AAAAGAAACAAUACUCCAAACGAAUUGAAUCGAACUGCUCGUAAACUCUAAACGAGCAACUCGAGUUAAAAAAAGAAGAAGUUCUUAUUGAACUCGAACCAAGUUUCGAGUCGAACUAACAUAGAUUCGACUCGACUCAUUUUCAGCUCUCUAUAGACUAGUACAUGACAAAAAACUAAAUAUGCCAGCUCCGUGUGUUCUCCACCAUCAUAAUUCAUAACUCAGACCAACGGAGAUGGUGGCCACCACCAGCACUGCCACCCUACUGUUUUUGUUCAACCAAAACACUCUUGCUGCACCAUUAGAGUAACAUUAACAACUUUCUCCUAUGUCUAUGUUUCCCAACAAAAUCAAACCCCUUUUAUCUUCUCUCCCAAAAAAACCUUCACUACACCAAAUCAAACAAACCCAUGCACACGUCGUCGUUUCAGGCCAAUCUCAAUCCCGUCUCAUCUUUCACAUUCUCUCUCUACUUUCUCUCUCUAAAUUCCCACUCAACUAUUCCCUCUCCAUUUUCAACUCAAUUUCAUUCCCUACCGUUUUUGCAUUCAACUCCAUCAUUCGUUGUCACGCCAAAUCAAAUUCAUCUCCUUUGAACUCACUCUCACUUUACUCCUCAAUGCGACGUCGUUUCCUCAAACCCAAUCAACACACAUUCACUUUCCUACUUAAUGCAUGCACAAAAGAAAAUUUCAAGCUUACACCUGGUGUUCAGGUUCAUUGUCAUGUGAUCAAGCUCGGUUACGUGCGCCACGUGUUUGUUCGUAACGCGCUUAUUCAUUUUUACUUUGAGUGUUCUGAUGCAACGGAGUGUUCUAAGAAGGUGUUUGAGGAAGAUACAGAUAGUAUUUGCAGUGAUGUUGUGACUUGGAAUUCUAUGUUAGCUGGUUUGGUUAGAAAAGGUGAGGUUUUUGUUGCGGAGAAGAUGUUCGAUGAAAUGCCUGAGAGAGAUGUUGUUUCUUGGAGUACUAUGAUAAUGGGGUAUGUUCAAAAUGGGAACUUGGAAGAUGGGUUGGAGUGUUUUAGGUUGAUGAGGGAGAAAGGGAUAAAACCUAAUGAGGCUAUUUUGGUUACUGUGCUUUCUGCUUCUGCUAAUUUGGGUUUGUUAGGGUUUGGGAAGUUUAUUCAUUCCACUAUUGAGUCUUUGAGGUUUCGAAUAACUGUUCUGAUUGGAACUGCUUUGGUUGACAUGUAUGCAAAGUGUGGUUGCAUUGAAGAGUCUAGAGCCUUGUUUGAUGGAAUGUUGGAGAAGGAUAUAUGGACUUGGAAUGUUAUGAUUUGUGGGCUGGCUUCACAUGAUCGUCCAAAGGAAGCAAUUGGAUUAUUUCAUGAGUUUAUACGUGAGGGUUUUAGUCCUGUGAAUGUGACUUUCGUUGGUGUUUUAAAUGCUUGUAGUAGGGCUGGUUUUGUUAGUGAGGGAAGGCAUUACUUUAAGUUAAUGGUAGAUGGUUAUGGCAUUCCACCGGAGAUGGAGCACUAUGGGUGCAUGGUGGAUCUCUUGGCUCGUGCAGGGUUAAUAGAUGAAGCAGUUCGGUUGAUUGAAACCAUGACUGUUGCACCGGAUCCUAUAAUGUGGGCAACACUGCUUGAUGCUUGUAAGAUUCAUGGGUUAGUGGAAAUGGGAGAAAAUAUUGGGAAUAAGUUGUUAAAGUUGGAUCCUACACAUGAUGGUCAUUAUGUGCAGUUAUCUGGAAUCUAUGCAAAAGCAAGAAAAUGGGAAGAUGUCGUUAGAGUUCGGAGGUUGAUGGUUGAGAGAGUUUCCAAUAAAGUUGCGGGUUGGAGCUUGAUUGAAGGGGAUGGUAGAGUUCAUCGUUUUGUUGCAGGGGACAGAGACCAUGACCAUUCUUCAGACAUUUACAAAAUGCUUGAAAUAAUAGGACUGAGGAUAACUGAAGCUGGUUACUCACCAAAACAUCUCACCUGUGUAGCAUGAUAAGGAAGAAGAAAGGGAUCAAUUUUGGAGCUGAGUUGUAUGAUUAGUGGGAUGUGACUUUCAGAAGUUUUCAGCUGUACCAAUGCAGUUUUUGGACAUUUUGUGGGUUGGAUUUAAAUUCUAUAGUUGCAGUUUUGUUCUGUUUGUGUGGAGAACCAUAAUCUUUCCUUGCAUAAGCUAUUUUGCGCAAUGUUCUUAAAUCACAUCCUGUGCUUAGGUUCUUUUCAGUCUAUUCAAAAUUCUUUUUGCCUAUAAAAAAACUCUUCCUGAACUUCUUUUGCCCGGGGUUGUUAUUAUGUGUGUGUAAUUUUAUGUGUUUAAUCCACAGAUCAAUGAAGUAUGUAUGGGGUUGUUUAGAUUGGCUUAUUUUGGGCUUAUCUACAAGCAUAAGUAUUAAUGGAACUGUUUGCGAAAGAAUAUCAUAAAAACUUAUGAGCUCCCACAAGCAGUUUUUGACAAUCUCCCCCAACAAGUUUAUGAAUUUGGGCUUAUGAAUUCCAAUAAGCUUAUGAACACCCAAAAACACGGACCCACAUACUGUUUAGCGAACUGAUCAACAAACACAAAACAUGCAAAUCUCUCUUCACUCUGCAACCUAUUGCUCUGCAACUCACUUUCUCUCUGUUCGCUUUGCAACUCUGAUGAGCCCUAGUUCCGUGCUUCUCGUCUUCCCCUUACUUCGCUCUUCAACUCAGGUAUUUAGAGGACAAUACUUGAAAAGAGGACAAUACUAGUGUAGUUGAUACUAUUGCAGGGGUAGCAAAUGAGAGCAGACAUCUCAAGAAAGUACCAGACAAAUAGAGAGUAAGAAAUACUAUUAUACAUCCAAACACUUAUUUUUGUAUAAGCACUUUUCGAUCGAAAAGUUGCAACAUUUUAUAAGUGCUUUUGUAAUUAUACAUCCAAACACCUAUUUUUCUAUAAGAAGUUUUCAAUGCACAUGUCUAAAAAAUUAUAACAUUUUAUAAGUGCUUUUGUAAUUAUAAAUCCAAACACUAAUUUUCGUUUAAGCACUUUUCAAUGUUCAAUGUACAAACACUUAUUUUAUCCAAACACGUAUUUUUGUGUAAGCGCUUUUCAAU